CGGUCUCAAACAGAUGGAUGGGUGUGGCUUUGUGCUGACACGGUGCAGGUUAGAGGAGCACACAACAGGUGUGCAGGUUGACAGAGAACGGAGCUCCUGCCAAGAAACACACAGGUAUCCUUUGGGGGGGAAACACCAACAAACACAGGCCAAACAAUGGCCAACUUUGGAGGACAUGCCAUCCCUGGCAGUUUCUUCCUGCUCUUUGGCUUUUGGCUGACAGUCAAAUACAUCCUCUUUCACAACUGGAGGAAGAGCCAUCCCAAAGUGCGGCACAUCCUGCCGCCGAUUUUCAAGAGGCUGAACUAUGCCGAGGGAGGACUCCAAGUGUUUGCGUCGUUUGUCGGUAUUAUGGUGGAGCAGUUUGUGGUGGACGGGCCACACGCACAUCUGUACAAUAAGGAAAGCAAGUCCUGGGUCAAGCUGAUGAACUGGCAGCACAGCUCCAUGUAUCUGUUCUUUGGGAUUUCUGGAAUAGCCAUGCUCCUCCGCACUUCAUCCAAGCUGGUGCCAGCUCGGAUUGACCGAGCAGCUCUCUCAUUGGCUCUUUUUGUUGAAGGAUUUCUCUUCUACUUCCACGUCCACGCCAGACCCCCCCUGGAUGCUCACAUCCACUCCCUGCUGCUGUUUCCCGUCUUCGCUGGGUCAGUCAGCCUCAUGCUGGAGGUGUUCGUCAGAGAUAACAUCCUCCUGGAGCUGUUUGGAGCGUGCCUCUUCAUCCUGCAGGGAUCAUGGUUCUACCAGAUUGGUUUUGUGCUGUACCCCUUGAGUGGACCAGAGUGGGAUUUGAACGAACACGGCAACAUCAUGUUCGUCACCAUGUGCUUUUGCUGGCAUCUUGCUGUGGCCCUGUUUCUAGUUGCUGGCACGUCCUUCAUAGUUGGGUUCACUUUGACACGAUUGUCAGAUCGGAGGGGAGACAUCGAGAUCGGAAUGCGAAAUACAUUAUCCAAAACAAACUCCGAGAAAGCUCUGCUGGAAGAAUCUGAAGAAGAGUGAAGUUCUUCGUUGGUUCCACUAAUUUAACUCUUUAUCCCCAAACUCCUGCUGUGUCUGUGUGAUGUCUGCCAAUUUGCACAAUGUUAUUUACAUUUUUUUGUUAAUAAAAACCACAAUAAAUCAUAAACCACUUUAAA